CGCGGCCGGUGCGCACCCGCCUCCCCCGCCCCCUCCCCAACCCUUCCCCGCGCUCGCCCCGGUCCUCCCCCCCCCCUCCCGGCCCCGUUUCCCCCCGCCGGGCGGGGAGGAUGGAAACACCCUUCUACCAUGAUGAUGUGUUGAGCGGCCUCGGCAGCGGCUUCGCCCCGUCCUCCGGCAGCAGCGGGCUCCUCCCCUUCCCUGGCGGCAGCAUGAUGAAGAAGGACGCGCUCGGCAUGGCCUUACCGGAGCAGUUGGCGGCGGCGCUGAAAGCCCCCGGCGCGGCCAGCGGCGAGGCGGCGGGGCUGCUGGGCUCGGCCGAGCUGGGGCUGCUCAAACUGGCGUCGCCGGAGCUGGAGCGGCUCAUCAUCCAGUCCAACGGGCUGGUCACCACCCCGACGAGCGGGCAGUUCCUCUACCCUAAAGCGGCCGCCUCCGAGGAGCAGGAGUUCGCCGAGGGCUUCGUGAAGGCGCUGGAGGACUUGCACAAGCAGAACCAGCUGGGCGGCGGCGCGGCGGGGAGCGCGGCGGCGGAGGAGGGAGCGGCGGCGGCGGCGAGCGGCGGCGCGGGCGAGCUGCCCGCCGCCGGGAUGGCCCCGGAGCCGCCGGUCUACGCCAACCUCAGCACCUCCGCCGUCAGCUACGCCGCCGACCCGGGGCCCUUCGCGGCGCCGCCGCCCGCGGCUCCGCCGCCGCCGCCGCCCCCGCCGCCGCUGAAGGACGAGCCGCAGAUCGUGCGAGUGCCGAGUUUCGGGGAGAGCCCGCCGCUGUCCCCCAUCGACAUGGACACGCAGGAGCGCAUCAAGGCGGAGCGGAAGCGGCUGAGGAACCGCAUCGCCGCCUCCAAGUGCCGCAAGAGGAAGCUGGAGCGGAUCUCCCGGCUGGAGGAGAAGGUGAAGAGCCUCAAGAGCCAGAACACGGAGCUCGCCUCCACCGCCAGCCUGCUCCGCGAGCAGGUCGCCCAGCUCAAGCAGAAGGUGCUCAGCCACGUCAACAGCGGCUGCCAGCUCCUGCCCCAGCACCAGCAUCAGGUGCCGGCGUACUGACCGGGGGGGCCCGAGCCCGGGAACGGACUUUGAGGGGUCCCGGGCACGGACCGAG